AUGCCUAUUCUGCGACGGUCGGCAACGCUCAACGAGGCAACUGUAUCUGCCAAAAACAAGUUCAGCCUCAAAUACGAUCUCAACAAUAAUCAACAGAGGGUCACUUUUUAUCAUUCUAACUGUUAGCCAGAGAAAUUAGUUUCAGAAAGAAGAACAAUUAUGUGAAGCAGAAAUCUUGGUCGAGGAGCGGACUUUCGUCUGGGAUUGGCCGUUCAGCUCAGAAGGUUAGUUUAGUUUGAACUUGAGACAGGGUCUUUCCUAAAAAAUUUUUUAAUAUGCAAACUUUACUUAUUUAUAUUUUUAUUGCAACUUUCCUCUCUUAAAAAAUUUUUAGCGCUGGUUCUAGAAGAUAUGGAAUGGUUUUUUUAUAGGUUUAAUUUUAUAUGAACAGAUCUAAGAACUAUUAAACCAUUUCUUCCCGAAUUCUUAUUCGAAAAAUGUUUCAGGGAUUGCUCCUGGAGCAUACACGGCUGAAAAAUUUGUUGUCUGCCUGCCUUUCAACAAAGGAGGCACAGGAGAGAAAAAUGGAACGGUUAGAAUUUUCAAUUUUUUUUUCUGUGAUUCUCAACGCUGGUGUUUAUCACUAGUACUGUUGCUAUUAUCAUCAUUAUUACUAAUUUUAGAACAUAGAGAACAUGUGUGAAAAAGAAUAGAAAAGCGGUACAUACAGAUCUAUCGCUCAAAGUGACCCUUGGCAUCAUUUUUUGGCGGUUUUUUUGUGGAAUUUGAUGCAGACUUCCAUUUAGACCUUUUUUUUAGAAUGAAAAUAAACUAUGAAACGCAAUACCUAUUUUUCGAGAAAUGUUGUACAGUACUUUGUCACGUGCGUCAGUUGGGUCCUAAGCUAUCGGAUUUCGACGCUUUUUUUCUUUUUUUUUCGAAGGAAUUUUCACAUUCCAACGUAGAGGGUGUGAAAUUAAUUUCAGUCAUGCGAAAUUUUGUGGUAUUUCGCGUUUUUUUUUUUGCUUCAGGUUAUUUCAAAACCGAGCUUUCGCGAUGCAAAAUAGAUAUAAUGUUAUAUUUUUCAUUUAUUCCACUUACUUUCCAUUAUCUGGGUGGCCUGUUGUAAAAGCGUCGAGGUAAUAGUUUUUUCAAAGAUUUGAAAAGCUCUCAAAGGCAUAAGAGGAAACUCUUUCUUCGCCAGAAAUUACACAAAAAAGAAUGGAAAAUCCUUGCUGAAUAUUUAAAGUAGUUGACUGACAGUUUAGAGGCGGAAAUUCGUUUUCAGCGUCUUUCUAGGCCAUGCAAAGCUUGUCUAUUCGAAGCAAGUUUAGUUUAACAAGAGAUUAAAAAUUUUUUACUGAAAUUUUAUUGCUGAAAGUGCUUAAUAUAGAAGUUAAACUUUGCCUUUGAGUUAAAUUCAGUUCGUAGAUACUCCUUUAAAAAGAAAAAUAUUUUGAACCGAUGGGGAAUGCGGCUGUUUUCCUCGAAAUUCGUGCUUUAGUUCGAGUUGGAGUGUAAAAAACAUCAUGAGAAAAGUCGCUUUUUUCAUUCUGAACUUCAUAUGAAAUUGCAGACAAAGAAAUUCGAAAGAAUUGCGGAGAGUGACUUUUCCUGGAGCAUGGGCCUUUCGCGCGACGCCGAACUCGGCUCGACGUGCUUCUGGAGACUCGAAAUCGAAGUUAUCCGUAACCUGAACGCCAUCGUUCUCAUCGCUUCGAGGUGAGAGUCCUGGCACCUUUUUCAACUGAGCAAAGGAAAGCGAUUGGGAGAAAAAACAUAUUUUUUAAAAAAAUGUUCUAACGAUACUGUGCUUUCACAAAAGAUAAUUCACAAAAGAUCACGAGAGAGUCAACCUCCAAGAUUUUUAAACUUUGACAGCUUCAAAUCUCAGAUGCUUUUGAAUAUGUCAAAACGUGUCCUUUAUGUAUUUUUCCAAAAUUCAGUGACCAGGAAAAUUGGCCUUUUUUGUUGUUUUAUGUUUAAAUUAAUUUCAAAAAUAACAUUCAAACCCUCUUCAGAUUAAUCGGGACCUUUCUGUAAUUUUCUCUUAUUUCCAAUGUUACAGAGACAUCAGCCGUUACAAUGAGAACACAAAAAGACUGAAGCGCGUCCGCAAAAUGUACAAGUGAGUCUCAAUGUUUAUUAUUUAUUAAGAGAAUUCUCUUUUCUAUUUCCCGCUCUUAAGUAAUCAAAAAGUGGGUGUUCCAAUAGUUUCAAAGUCUUCCAACUUGCAUAACAACUUCUUCGAUUUUUUUUUAAUGGGAUUCCAUUUCCAUCGCAAAAAGAAACAUAUUUUUCUCAGACUCCCGGAGUACUACGACGUUACGACGACGACCACCACCAUGUUUGAUUGGGCGGUUCUGGUGGAGGCACAACGGCGCUCCAUCAACCGCCCGACGCUCCGUCGCGCCAGCACCAUCCAAUGA